CCCCGAGCCUUCAUCCCCCCACCCCCCCCCUCCCCCUCCCCCUCCCGAGCCUUCCUCCCCCUCCUCCUCCUCCCCCGCGGCCCCCCCGGCCCAUGAGCGGCGGCCAUGGACUGUUUGUGCAUCGUCACCACCAAGAAAUACCGGUACCAAGAUGAGGACAGCCCCCCCCUGGAGCAGAGCCCCGCCCACCUGCCCAGCCAGGCCAAUUCUCCCCCCGUCAUCGUCAACACCGACACCCUGGAGGCCCCGGCCUAUGUGAACGGCACCGAGGGGGAGAUGGAAUAUGAGGAGAUCACUCUGGAGAGGGGGAACUCGGGGUUGGGGUUCAGCAUCGCGGGGGGCACCGACAACCCCCACGUCGGGGACGACCCCGGGAUCUUCAUCACCAAAAUCAUCCCCGGGGGCGCCGCGGCCCAGGACGGGCGGCUCAGGGUGAACGACAGCAUCCUGUUCGUGAACGAGGCCGAUGUCCGGGAGGUGCCGCACUCGGCGGCCGUGGAGGCGCUGAAGGAGGCCGGGGCCGUGGUUCGGCUCUACGUGAUGAGGAGGAAGGUCCCGGCCGAGAGGGUGGUGGAGGUCAAACUCAUCAAAGGGCCCAAAGGUCUGGGGUUCAGCAUCGCGGGGGGCGUGGGCAACCAGCACAUCCCGGGGGACAACAGCAUCUACGUCACCAAGGUCAUCGAGGGGGGGGCGGCGCACAAGGACGGGCGGCUGCAGGUCGGGGACAAGAUCCUGGCCGUGAACAACGUCAGCCUGGAGGACGUCAUGCACGAGGACGCGGUGGCGGCGCUGAAGAACACCUACGACGUGGUGUACCUGCGCGUGGCCAAGGCCACCGUGCCCGGCCUCGGGGACAGCUACGGGCCCCCCGACGUCACCGGCUCCUACUCGGCCCACCUGGACUCGGAGCUGCCCCCCCAGAGUUUCCUGGGCCCCGAAUUCCCCCCGGCGCUGACCCCGACGUCCCCACGGCGCUUCUCGCCCGGCCCCAAGGAGCUGCUGCCCGACGACGACGUCCCCAGGGACCCGCGGCGCAUCGUGAUCCCGCGCGGCUCCACCGGUCUCGGCUUCAACAUCGUUGGUGGUGAGGAUGGUGAGGGGAUCUUCAUCUCCUUCAUCCUCGCCGGCGGCCCGGCCGACCUCAGCGGGGAGCUGCGCAAGGGCGACCAGAUCCUCUCGGUGAACGGGGUGGAUCUGCGCGGUGCCACCCACGAGCAGGCGGCGCUGGCCCUGAAGAACGCGGGACAGUCGGUGACAAUCGUGGCCCAGUACCGGCCCGAAGAGUACGGCCGCUUCGAGGCCAAGAUCCACGACCUGCGGGAGCAGCUCCUGAGCAGCAGCCUCGGCUCCGGCAGCGCCUCCCUGCGCAGCGACCCCAAGCGCGGCUUCUACGUCCGGGCCCUGUUUGACUACGACAAGGCCAAGGACGUGGGCUUCCUGAGCCAGGCGCUGAGUUUCCGCUUCGGGGACGUGCUGCACGUGCUGGACGCCUCCGACGAGGAGUGGUGGCAGGCCCGGCUGGUGCUGCCCCCCCAGCAGCCCCCCGACAUCGGCUUCGUGCCCAGCAAGCGCCGGGUGGAGCGCCGGGAGUGGACGCGGCUCAAGGCCAAAGAUCGGGGGCCGGGGGCUCAAGGCCGCGAGGACGCCGUGCUGAGCUACGAGACGGUGACGCAGAUGGAAGUUCACUACGCGCGGCCGAUCAUCAUCCUGGGCCCCACCAAGGAUCGCGUCAACGACGACCUCCUGUCGGAAUUCCCCGAAAAAUUCGGAUCCUGCGUCCCCCACACGACGCGGCCCAAGCGCGAGUACGAGGUCGAUGGCCGUGAUUAUCACACCUGGGCCCCAUUUAUCCCACUUUUUGGGGGUUUUUACCUGUCCCAGGUGUGUCUCACCUGCCCCAGGUGUGUCUCACCUGUCUCACCUGCAGACACGACGCGGCCCAAGCGCGAGUACGAGGUGGACGGCCGCGAUUAUCACUUCGUGGCCUCGCGGGAGCGGAUGGAGAAGGACAUCCAGGGCCACAAGUUCAUCGAGGCGGGGCAGUACAACAGUCACCUGUACGGCACCAGCGUGCAGUCCGUGCGCGAGGUGGCGGAGCAGGGCAAGCACUGCAUCCUGGACGUGUCGGCCAACGCGGUGCGGCGGCUCCAGGCGGCGCAACUGCACCCGAUCGCCAUCUUCAUCCGGCCCAAAUCCCUGCAGAACGUGCUGGAGAUCUCCAAGCGCGUCAGCGAGGAGCAGGCACGGAAAGCGUUCGACAGAGCCACCAAGCUGGAGCAGGAGUUCACCGAGUGCUUCUCAGCCAUGGUGGAAGGCGACAGCUUCGAGGAGAUUUACCACAAAGUGAAGCGCGUCAUCGAGGACCUCUCAGGACCGUUCAUUUGGGUCCCGGCCCGCGAGCGGCUCUAGGGCCGGGGGGGACCCCAAAACCGCCCCCGACCCCCCAAAACCCACAGGAAAACCCCCCCAGACCCCGCCGGGAUUCCCAACACGGUGGGGGAGGGGUUUGGUGGUUUUUUUUUGUUUUUUUGGUUUUUUUUGGUUUUUUUUGGUUUUUUUUUGGGACUUCUCCGGUGGUUUUUGGGGGGGAACAGCCCCCGAAAUUUGGACUCUUUGGGGUUUUUUUGUACAUAUUUAAGCUCUAUAUUUGUAACGCCCCGAGGGGCCCCCGAAUCGGCCCCUCCCGGCCCCGAAAAUUGGGGGGAGGGGAGGGGGGGGUUUGGGGAGGGGGGGGGAGGGGUUUGGGGUUCCUCCCCUCCCCCCCCCGGGCCCCUCCCCCUCCCCCCUCCCUCGGCGUGGGAAAAAAGGGGGGGAGGGGAGAUGAGAGUAUUUUGCAUAGAAAUUAUGGAAUUGUGGGAAUAAAGCGAUGGAGACGC